AUGGCCAACCCGUCCCCUGCGGCCACGCCUCUGGACCAGUCGCGCCUCAUCCUCGACAAGAAGGGGCGCUUCAUGUACCUGGGCGACGCGGCCAACCCGUCCUUUUUGCAGUCCAUCCGGCGGCUGGUUCGAGAGACGCAGGGGCCGGGCCCCUUUGUCGACGACCCGUUGCGGCCGGCCAUGGUCGAGGCAUCACCCGAGGGCGCGCCCGCCUGGCUCGACGCCGGAGCCGAGCAGAAAUCGCCGCCCGCCUUGACCGAGGACGAGGCCAGGCACUUUGCCAGGCAGUUCUGCCUGUGUACAAACGGCAUCCUCGACCUGUACGACAAGUCUGUGCUCCUGGACCAGGUCCCGCAGGCGGUUGCGCACGACGCCGUCGCUCUCCCGCUGGCCAAGCCCGUCGUCCAUCUCGUCCUGGCCAUCGGCGCGCAGUCGUCGCCAAAGGACUUGGGCGAGGUGGCCGAGUCGUGCUUCAACUACGGCCGCUACCUGUCUGCCAAGUAUCUCAUGGACGACCCCAGCACGCUGGCCGUCGAGGCCUACAUCCUCAUCGCCAUGUACCUCCUGGCGUCGUCGCGGCGAAACGCCGCCUUUAUGCACCUCGGGUUCGCCGUGCGCGCCGCAUACGCCCUCGGCCUGCACCUCAAGGCCGUGUCGAUGCGCUUCACCGCCGAGGAGUUCAAGCACAGAGAGCGCAUCUGGAAGUCCCUCCGGAGCAUGGAUAUCCUCUCGAGCGCCCUGCUCGGCCGCCCGCCCUCGACCAAGGAAACCCGCAACACCACGUCGCCCGAGGACUACUCGGCAUGCAGCGACCUGCUCUCCAUCAUGGAAGACGUCCUGACAAACGUGUACGAGCAGCGGCAGAUCUCCGCCAUGACGCUGAACCGAGUGGCGUCUCGCCAGCGCGAGUGGGCGGCCGUCUUCACCCGGGGUCUGGCGGCCGACAACAUCGAGCCGGGAGACCGGAUCGAGCGAGGCAACGUCCCCAACAUGGGCCUGACCCAUGUCAAGAUUGUCUUUCACUGGACCGUCAUGCUCCUCACCCGGCCGUUCCUGUCGGAGCGCGUCACGUCGCACGCCCGGCAAGCCGCGUCGGGCAUCCCGGGCACGUCGCCGUCGUGGACGCCGGCAGAGUCGUCGCGCGUGCUCGCCCACGCCUGUGUGAAUUCCGCGAUACGCACGCUGGCGCUCCUCGAACCGCUCAUCGAGGCCUGGGACACGCCGACGCGGCUGCCCUUCGGCGUGAGCUGCGUCGUGCAUUCGGCCCUGGUCAUCGGCCUCGCCCACUUUGGCGACAUGCACCAGAUCUUCCCGCUCGACAAGUUCAUGUACACGGCUCGCAGGCUGCUGCAGCGCUUCUCCAGCGACGCCAUUGCCUUUCGAAACUGCACCAUCAUCCAGCUCCUCCACGAGGCCUGCCAGGCCUACUCGGAAAAGAGGCACGCCGCGUCCAUGGACGUCGAGGGCCAGCUGAUCAGCAGCCUGUUCGGCCAGCUUCACUACACGCCUCCGGGAAACGAGCACACGCUCAACGCUCCUCCGCAGCCGUACCAGCCGACGGACAGCGCGGGCUCGGCCGCCGACAGCAUCAGCCUGAUCGACAAGGCCUUUGGGUCCGACGACGCGGCAGACGCGACGUGGGACAGCGUGUCGCCGGCGGGAGGCGAUGCCGGCACCAAGACGACGUCCAACACGCUCCGGUCCGUACAGCCCUUGUCUCCGAGUUCCACGCCUGCCACGAUGCCAAAGCACGAUGACGACACGUCUGCCGCGGUGGUUCUCGAGUCGCCGAGCGUUUUCGACAGUAGCCAUAUCCUGGGAGACUCGGAUAUUGUCAACUUGGAGUCUCAGGACGACUUGGUCUCCUUGUACGCGCUGAUUGACACGUCUGGGGGCUACCUGGGUCUGGAGUAG